AUGUCUAAAACACCAAGCGACGAAGAUGUAUUCACAAAUAUAUCCUAUCGCCCUGACGACCUACUGGGACCCAUGAUCACAAUCGAUGAACCUGCAAAACCAUCAACGCUUGAGCGCCGGCCUGUUUCAUCACCCCUAGGCCUUCUGGAUUCUUUACCUCUCGAGGUUCUACACAAUGGCUUACAUAUAUUGGAUUUCCAGUCUCUAUCUCGUCUUUCGCUUGUGUCCCAGCGAGGUAGAAUCACAGUCGAGUCGCUACCGAUCUACCGCGAUCUCAUGAAAUACAUACCAGAUACCCUUGCGGCACUUGGUGAAUCCAAUCUUCUUAGCCACUAUUCAGCUGAUAGACUAUAUACUGUCUUACGGUCAAAGGCAUGUGUCGCACGUGGAAAAUUUGGCACAUUCUUGUUCCUUCUAACCUGCGAGCGAUGUUGCCAUGAGUGUCUAGCCCAUAACCAGUCUUUCUGGGCACUCCCCCUUUCGAAAGCUCAGACAAUCUAUAGAAUCCCGACACGCGAGCUUAAAAAGCUCCCUACGAUGAAAAGUAUCCCUGGCGUUUAUAAAACACGAGAGAUUAAACGACAACGACCGAAGCUUGUUUCUGUCUUCGCCGCGGCGCAACUUGCAAAGAUUAACGGCUCGAUGCCAAUGUUAAACACCACCAUCAAAACCCCUGAUAUGCCUAGUUGGAAAACAUUACCUGAUUGGCUGCAGGAUGAACACUCCGCCGCAGUCCAAGAGCACUUGGACACUCUCACUGAACCGUUGACUGGCCACCCAUCAUGGCUAUUACCCUCGACGGGUAUACGCAAACCAGACCAAUUUUGCGGUAUGGCGUCAAUGCAGUUUCCAUAUUUACUGCCAGACAAAACCCUUGAGCACGGUCUUUUGUGUAAAGGGUGCGAAUGGGUAUUUUCACGCUUUAAGUCAGACGACCUCCCCGCUCAUGCACUGAAUGAUAUGGGUCUCUCGGGCAGGAUUAAGGACAGUAUUUUUCGGACGCUCGAGGCAAGCAGCUUGCGUGCUAUGUUAAAGAGCGAGUUUCUAGCGCACGUUGUGGUGUGUUACGGCGCCGGCCAACUUCUCUCUACCCUUGAUAUUGGGACAUGGGGUUAA